ACAGGAGCGAGAGUGAAGACACCCAACAUAAGUCUUCAAUCCAGUUUGAGACGGGUGCUUGCGUGGAGCUAACUUUGAGAAGUAACGCUAGUUGGGCGAUGGACGGAUAGAGUGUGAUGGGGGAGGACUCUCAGACGGCUUGUCCAAGACCCACAUAGGGACUGAAUGUGUCCUCCUGGAGGUCGGGUCUCGAAUGCAAAGCAGAGCGGAGAUGUCGGGAGAGGGGAACUGCUCGGAAUCUGUCUCCUGGGCGUCGGAGCGGACUCCCUCGGCCGGCGUUGGGGUUACCACGGCACUGGCCUCGGUUCUGAUCUUCACCACGGUGGUGGACAUCGUGGGCAACGUGUUGGUCAUCAUCUCGGUCUUCAGGAACAGGAAGCUGAGGAACCCCGGCAACAUCUUUGUCGUUAGCCUUUCAGUAGCUGACUUGGUUGUGGCAAUUUAUCCUUACCCACUGAUUUUAUUUGCCAUCUUCCAACAUGGAUGGACUCUGGGUGAUAUUCACUGCCAGGUUAGUGGAUUUGUGAUGGGUUUAAGUGUAAUCGGAUCCGUUUUCAACAUUACAGCAAUCGCGAUCAACAGGUAUUGUUACAUCUGCCACAGCUUCAAGUAUGAUAAACUCUACAGCUACAAGAACACUAUCUGCUACCUGUGUCUGACCUGGAUCUUAACAGUUGUUGCCAUCAUACCAAAUUUUUUUGUGGGCUCCUUGCAAUAUGAUCCUCGUGUAUUCUCGUGCACAUUUACCCAAACAGUAAGCUCUUAUUAUACAAUCAUAGUGGUGGUUGUUCACUUCCUUGUCCCUAUCGGCGUGGUAUCCUACUGCUAUCUGAGAAUCUGGGUCUUGGUCAUCCAGGUAAAGCGGCGAGUUAGACCCGAUGAACCAAAGUUGAAGCCCAGCGACUUCAGAAACUUCCUCACCAUGUUUGUGGUCUUCGUGUUGUUCGCAGUUUGCUGGGGGCCUCUCAACUUUAUCGGCUUGGCGGUAGCCAUCAACCCCCCGGCCGUUGCGCCCAAGAUCCCCGAAUGGUUGUUCAUCAUGAGCUACUUCAUGGCAUACUUCAACAGUUGCCUCAACGCUGUCAUCUAUGGACUUCUCAAUCAGAACUUCAGGAACGAAUACAAGAGGAUACUGCUGUCACUGUGGUCUCCAAGACUGUUCUUCUCUGACCUCUCAAAGGUUGGGACGGAGGCUAUGAAGAGCAAGCCUUCCGCGGCACCAACCAACAACAAUGUGGCAGAAGUAAAUGUGUAAGAUAACAUUCGCAAUAUUGUCUGCUCACUUUGAUCUAUAUUGUCAUUGUGCCUUGCAUAUUUUGCUUCAUCUAUUACAGCAAUAUCAUUUAC